AUGUCUCUGAGUGUUUAUGAUGAUGUAGUUGGAUUUGAGGAGCUGAACAGAGCAGAUCGAGACGAGAUAACGGUGGUUAUAUAUGAGAGUUCAGACGCUAUCAGAGGCUUCGACCCUGACACUGAGGUGGAGGACGCCAACAUGAUGAGGAUCCUGAAGAGACAAAAAGCAGACAAAAAGCCACACACCAUUGGCGAGACACUGAUUAAACCUGCGUGCAUUAAAAUGGCCGAGAGAAUGUGUGGACCUCAGGUGGCUAACAAAUUUAAGAUUGUUCCACUGUCCAACAACACAGUGAAAGACAGAAUCGACAGAAUGGCAGGGAACGUCGAGAACACACUAGUCGAAAAACUGAAGACCAGUCCCUUUUCCAUCCAGCUGGAUGAAAUCACCACUGUGGCCGAGGAAGCAAUCCUCAUUGUUUACGCACAAUACAUCGAGGGGACCGAGGUAAAACAGGACAUUCUUAUGUCUGUCAAUCUGAAAUCCACCCCAAGAGGAGAGGAUAUUUUCAGUGCAGUUGACACGUACAUCACAAGCCACAACAUACCCUACAAAAAUAUAGUGGCAUGCUGCACUGAUGGAGCUGCCUCAAUGAUGGGGAAAAAUAAGGGCUUCAAUAGCCGUUUGAAAGAGAAGGCCCCGCACUGCUUGGUGUUUCACUGCAUGGUACACAGGCACGCACUGGCAGGCAAACAUCUCUGCGAAGACCUGAACGAAACAUUAAAGACUGUGGUCAAAAUAGUGAACUUUAUAAAAGCUUGUCCGGUCAACAGAAGAAUCUUUGCACAGCUGUGUGAGGACGAGACGCACCAGACACUCCUACUUCACACCGAAGUUCGCUGGCUUUCCCGGGGGAAAGUGCUGACGCGAUUCAUGGAACUGAAAGACCAAAUACAGGAAUUCUUGGCCGUUCACAACCAGAAAUUAGCAGACGAAAUGAAAGACGAGUUUCUAAUCAAGACUGCAUAUCUUGCUGAUAUAUUCAGUCUGUACAACGAGGCGAACAAACGUAUGCAGGGCGCAGACGGAACCGUCAUUGAGUGCAAAGAAACAGUGGAUGCGUUUGUGCGCAAAGUGGAGUUCAGAAGAAAUAAACUGAAAAAGGGGGACCUACAACAUUUUCCUUUGUUACUACAACAAUCAGACGGGGUGUUACCUGAUGCUUUGACGACACAAUUCGCCUGCCACAUGGAUCGACUUCAAGAAGAGAUGCACUCUCGCUUUUCGGAUAUUCAUGAACUUGUCUCAAAAGACGCAUGGGUGAUGGACCCAUUUCUCGCAAAGGAAGAUGAUGUGGAGCACCUCCAGGCAGAGGAUGAGCUCAUGGAUAUAAAGUCCAAUUCCGUCUGCAAGCGGUUCUAUGAUGAGCAUGGAUUCAAGCAGUUUUGUUUGGCAAAAGGACCAGGUGUCGCUCCUAGGCUUGCUAAUCAUGCGAUCACCAGAUUAAUCUUGCCAUUCGCCACAACGUACCUGUCAGAGACGGCUUUCAGCGCUCUGGUCACCAUCAAAACAAAGGCACGCAACAGACUGGAUGUGCACAGCGACUUUCGUUUGGCUGUUACCAAAGUCACGCCAGACAUCGAAUCACUGGCUAAAGAAAUACAGUGGCAGAGCUCUCAUUAA